AUGUAUUUUUGUGAAGACCAUUUUGAUUUACCAAACGAUAUGGAGAACUACAUGGAGUACCAUGUUAUGGGGUCUGUGUUAAAAAUACGGCUAAAACCUGGUUGUAUCCCAAGUAAAUUUAAAUGCCACGCCCAUAUAAAUAAGCGAACAUAUGGUGGUAAAAUACGACCGUACAGUCUUAAAAAACGAAAGAUGAUGCCAAUCGAAGAGUGCAUAGGUGAAUCAGUACAGAGCAAAGCGGAUUCUGACAAGUCCCAGGUUCAAACCGAGCCCACACCAGUCAUAGCCAACGGCACAUCGGAACACACACAAGAGGUUAAACAGGCGGAUCCGGUUCAAGCGCCCGAAACGGGCGGCGGGGAAGCCCCGGAACCCGUCAGUUUGUCACAAGAAAUCUCACCAGUCUCCGAAUCCACAGUAGUAGAAAAGCCAAGCGAAAUCAAACCUGAACCGGAAGUGAGUAAGGAAGACAUUAAAACCGAGCCACAAGGUACUCCAGCCGAACUAGAAGUUGCAACGCAGAGUCAACCAACAGUCGAUGGAGAUUGGCAGCAACGCGAAACGGAACUGCUGAAGAAGAUCGAGCAGUUGGAGAAGGUCAAGAGCGAGAGGUCAGAGGAUGGUCUGCGAUUGGAGUUGAAGGUGCGCGAGGAGGAAAUCGACCUGCUGAAGGCGAGGGUGAGGAACCUGGAGACGGAGCUGCAGGCGGCGCUCUCCAAGCCGAGCGGCAAGAACCACGAGCUGGUGGAGAAGAUCAAGCAGCAGCACGAGGAGCUGCUGAGCAAGGCGCGCGGCAUGAUCUUCGACAAGACGAAGAUGGUGAAGAACCAGGAGCUGCAGAUCGAGGCGCUCACCGCGCAGGUGCAGUCGCUCAAGGACAUCAACCUCAUCACCAAGGACCUGCUGCAGAUCAGGAACGCGGAGGUCAAGGCCAUGGAGGAGCGGUUCCAAGCCAUGGAGGCGCGCUUCAAGGCGGAGAAGGAGCGCUACGGGCUGGUGCUGCAGAGGGCCCACACCAGCACCACCAUCAACGACGACCUGCGCAGGGAGUACGAGACGCAGCUGGCCAUCUUCAAGGAGCUGCGCGAGAAGUACGAGCUGAGGGUGCAGGCGCUGGUGGAGGAGAACGGCCGGCUCAAGGAGGCCGCCAAGGCCACCACCUCCGGA